AUGAGCUACAUGUUUGGUGCAGCCUCUUUCUGCUUUGUACCUUUCUUUACCGGCCAAGAGCUACCAGCUGAUGGUUGGAUUCCGUUUUCUAUCGAAUCAUACGGAAUAUUUUGUACAAUUUAUGUCGUUGAAGCCUAUUGCGUUUUACAAACGGGAUUCAGCAUUUUUGUGGACUUUAUGAUAGCCAUUCUCUUCAGUUUCUCUGCAGCCAAAUUAGACAUAUUGGGGAUGAAAUUACGGCACGUGAAAAGCUACGACAUGCUGCACUCUUUAUAUACUGAAUUCUUUGUUCUUACACCAUUGAAUAAAAGCAGAGCAUCACACGAUUUAAAUGGAUUAAGCUAUUUCACUGUUAGAUACGUGGAGGAUAUUAAAGUGACUGUUGAGGCUUUAUUAAUCAAAACGAACGCAACGAUGGCGUGCGCUGUGAAUCAGUCUUUGUCCGCAAUCAGUCAGUUUCUUCCAAUGGUGUUGUCAGACUGCUCACAUCUGUUCGUCAUUUCCUGGCCAGCAGACGAUUUGAGGGAAAGUAAAUUAAUCGAGGCGAUGAAGUUUUGCUGCAAGAGAGCCAACUCGUACGAGAAAUACAUCUUCCAACGAUACGUGGACAAGUACAACAUGCUGUAUGGCGCGUCCGCGGUUUGGUUCUUUAUUAUCGUUACCAUGGGGACCUUCUUUUCAUCCCAGCCUUUCCCAACAGGUGCGAAGUAUCCGUUUCGCGUUGAUUACGAGCCCUUGAGGGCUAUCAUCUUCGUGCAGCAAACUUUAGUAGGCUUUCAGUGCUCUGCGCUACUGUGUACCAGUGUUGUUUGCGCCUUGCUCUUGCUCUUCGCCGGUUCGCGCUUCGAAAUUUUGAUGAACGACCUGUGCGUAGUCGAGAAUUCUGAUUCGUUGAUAAAAUGUAUCAGGAACUAUUACGUCGUGAAAAUGUAUGGAAUUAUGUUUUGGCGAAAAAGAAUAACACGAGGCGUGGAAGGUGCUGUUUCAGAUACGCAAAGGAAGUUCACGGCUCUGAUCUUGUUGUGCAUUUGUGGCUUCGAAAGUGUGUUAAGUUGUAUGAUUAUGAUCAAGCGAGAACCGUUCACCGUGAAGUUUCAAUACUUUUCUGUGACUGCAACCACGCUAUUAGGGGUGUUCCUGUUCGCUUGGCCAGCUGACAACUUGAUAAGUGGGCAUUGUGCCUAUAAAAUCGAGCUGAACGUGGAACGCUGGGUAUUGCAAGGGGACCCAACCCUGAGAUCGAGCUAUGAUAUUACGCUGGACUCGGAUGAGCCAUUCACAUUGCGACACCUCGACUCAAAAAUUGUCAUAACUCAAAAUCCGUGCGUCUCUUCGAGCACUUCCGAAGCACAUCGUGAACAAUUGCAACGUAACAAGAAAUCUUUGGUAAUUGACAUGACAACGAUGUUUCGUUUAAUGGUGAUGUCCUCCGCUGUGGUUGUUGCCAUCGCUGUUGAGAACGUGAGCGAGAAAUCCGUCCUUCCACUACCUUGCGCACCCGGGGGUGAGAGCGACCGCGCGGUUAGUGGCGCAACGCUUUGUGUGGCCAGGUAUCCAGAAGGAUUGUAA